AUGGGAGGGAAGAAAUGCCAUGACUUUUGUUUUUGUAAAGAUUGCAAGCCGAAAUGGAAUUAUCAGACCUACAGAAUACGAUCAAAUCACACAGCAACUAUAGCUUCGGAUGAUCAAUGCCGUUUCAAACAAAGAGUGACCGAGAGACUCAGUAGAAACUCAUCAUCUUCCGAUGUUCUUCAAAAACAAGUCCGGUCUUUUGCCCCUGUCGGUUUAGCCAUGAAAAAGUGGAAGAAGAAAAUAAGCAAAUAA